CAAGCUUCGUUCCUCAUGGCCCAAUGGUCAAGGCGUCUGGCUACGAUUUAGUAACCACUUCUCGGUUGGAACCAGAAGAUUCCAGGUUCGACUCCUGGUGGGGAAGCUUUCUUUUUGGCUCUGGGCGCGAUAUUUGGUAGGCGCACGCCCCACUAUCCUAUACAAGAUCCGGUUUCCAUUUCCUAUCAAACACCAACAUGAAGUUGUACUCGAUCUACAUCCUCAACAAGGCUGGAGGCCUCAUCUAUCAGAACAACCUCGACCCCUCUCUUAACAGGCUAACUGCCAACGAUUAUCUCGUUUUGGCAGGUACUCUUCAUGGAGUCCAUGCCAUUGCCGCCAAGUUGACGCCAACCAUCGUGGGAAAAGACAGUACUAGUACCACCAGUGGGACAGAUCCCACCGCCAACAACGCGUUGUUGCUUUCAACUGGAAAAGUGCAGAACUCUAACACAAACAAAACAGGCUUGGGGAGCAUCGAGACAGACUUGUUCAAUCUCUAUGUGUUUCAGAGCUUAACCGGGAUCAAAUUCAUUCUUAUCACGUCGCCAAACCCAAUUCUCCAGAAGCAGCACGAGCAAGCCAGUGAAACGUUCCGUCAUUUGUACGUGCUCUACUCGGACUACGUAAUGAAAGAUCCGUUCUACUCGUUGGACAUGCCUAUCAAGAGCCAGUUGUUUGACCUCAAAGUGGGCGAAUUGGCUGCUCUGGUAUGA